AUGGAUGCAAAUAAUGUGGAAAAUAAGUUAAUUUGGCUAUAUCGUAUCAAUGUUAAAUCCAAGAAAUACUAUAUGAAAAUUAUCUUUGAUCUUGUUGAUCUUUCAGCUGCAAACACUUGGCUUUUAUACCGUCACCAUUAUCUACAGUUUAAUAUUCAAAAGAAGAACACACUAGCCUUAUUGACAUCUCCUUUAAAUGUGGUUGAAUCUUUAGUUAAAUCUGCUACGCUACUACUUCAAUUGGAACUGAGAUACCGAUCAGUGAAAUUGUCAAUAGUCGAACGCAGCACUUCAGCAAGAAAACAGAUUGUAAAAUUUUUACAACCCACUUGGCGAGGAGGAUAG